AUGUCUUUAUUGGACAAUUUUAUAAAAACUUCCGACCAAGUGGUAGAGUUUGAAGCAUUCUUCUCAGGUAUACCAGCUGUUAACCAUAGCAUACACACUUUAGAAAUACACAAAGAUGAGAUUCUCCGUCACUGGGAUGAAUUUAGAAGGGCUUAUGACGAAAUUUUAGUUAAUUAUAAAACUCUUGGCAAAGAAGUAAAAGUGGAAACAUUGAAAGAACGAUUUUAUAAAACAUUUGAUUCUCAUGUGAGAGCUUUAUCAAAGGCCAACGAAAUCUUAGAUUCCCUUCGUAUUAAGGAUGUUUCUUCUGACACUUCCCCUCCCUCUUCGAGUGAUUCCAAACCCUGCAUUUCUCUCCCCCCGUGUGAUACACAAACUUUUUAUGGAGAUUACGUCUCCUGGCCAUCGUUUCGUGACAUGUUCACGGCUCUAUACAUAAACAAUAAACAACUAUCCCCCGUUGAGAAACUGUUUCAUUUAUUAAAGAAAACUGAAGGUGAACCUCAUGACAUCUUAAAAAACUGCCCCUUAACUAACGAUGGUUUUGAGAUAGCAUGGGGAAAUCUAGUAGAUCGCUAUGAGAAUACCCGAGUACUUGUUCACACUCAAUUAAAGGCACUAUUCAAUUUGUUAAAUAACCCCAUAUAUAGAGAAUCUGGACCUAGUAUUAAACAGCUCCAAAGAUCUAUUAACGACUGCAGAAAAAACCUUGCACUUUUGAAGAUUGACACUAGCAACUGGGAUGUUAUUUUUGUUUUUAUUUGCGCGAAGUGCCUUCCUGACAUUAGUCUACAUUUGUGGCAGCAACACUUAGGAAAUACCAAAGAGUUGCCAUUGUGGAAAGAAAUGGAUAGUUUUCUGACCUGUAGGUAUCAAUCUCUUGAAGGUUUUGCUGACAUUCGUACAACUUCGGUCGAUUCUCAAAAUUUCUCAAGGAAAGGUAAUUUCAAGAAACAUAAUUCUAAUCAACCAAAAAAGAUAAAUACAUUUCAAACCAAGGUGUCUAAUGAUAAGACCAAAAAGUGUUCCCUUUGUAAUGAGUUUCAUCCCUUACGUCUUUGUCCCGUUUUCCUAUCCAUGUCUAUUGAAGACCGUUAUUCGGUGGCCAAAAAGCAAAAACGGUGCACUAACUGUUUGGGCACAUCUCAUGACUACAAAGCAUGUAAAAGUGAAUAUACUUGUUCGCUCUGUAAACGAAAACAUCACUCUCUUUUACAUCGCUCUCAAAACCCGACUGUUUCUAAUCAAACAAGCACUAGGCAACCCACUAAUUCCUCAAUAAAUACCAUCCAUGAAUCAGCUCAACCACAACCGGUUAACAACCUCGACGAGUAUGCUACAACUUCAGCUGCAACCAGGUCGCAGCAAUCAUACUCCACACAACUACAGUCCACUACACAUAAUUCUAUUGUUCUUGGUACAGCCUUAGUAGACAUUUGCGUAGGAAACGUACGCCGUACAGUUAGAGCCCUUAUUGACUCAGCUUCAGAAGCAACAUUCAUUUCAAAGAAGCUCCAAUCUACAUUACUACUUCCCACAAAAUCGUCCCAUACUAAUAUAACAGGUUUAAGCGGUUCUUUAACCGCCACGGCAACCCAAAUUUGUCCCAUACGAAUAAGUUCACCGGUAGAAAAACUUUUCGAAACAACAGCUGACGCUUAUGUCAUCAAUAAACUAACUGGAGAUCUGCCUUAUUACGAAAUGUCUUCUCUUAUGAGCUUGAAAUUCUCAGAUCUCCCUUUGGCCGAUAACUAUUCUUCCAAAACUUCAAAAGUUGAACUUUUGCUAGGUUGUGACAUUUACCCUAAAAUUAUAAGAGAUGGCGUUCGUUGGGAUCAUCAAAGAUCUCUUGUUGCUCAACGUACCAUUUUCGGAUGGAUAAUUACAGGCAGGUUACAAUCCCCUAAUUCUACGCUGAACUCUGUGUCGUCUUUUAUUAAUACUUUGGACCUAAAUAAAGAAAUAACCAAAUUUUGGGAACUUGAAGAGGUGCCACAAGUAAGAACUAUGUCAAACGAUGACCUUUUCUGCGAAAAUUUAUACAAAUCCACAACCUAUAGAGACAAUUCUGGACGAUUCGUCGUAUAUCUUCCUUUUAAAUCAGACUUUCCUAAUGAUCUACACCUCGGUCAUUCUCGUAAUUCAGCGUUAGCUCAGUUUAUUAGAAAUGAGACUAGACUUCUAAGAAAUCCCCAAUAUAAAACCGAUUACGACCAAGUAAUCGAAGAAUAUUCGAUUCUAGGUCAUAUGAUCAAAAUAUCAAAUGAUAAUGAUACCCCUAACUCAUCAUACUAUUUACCUCAUCACUCUGUCCUUAAACCCGAAAGCACAACCACCAAACUUCGUGUUGUGUUCAAUGCCUCUAGUGCUACUUCAACUGGAUUGAGUCUAAAUGAUGUUAUACUUCCUGGACCAGUUCUACAACAAGAUUUAACUGUGCUUAUUACUCGUUGGCGUCUGUUCAAGUACGUUUUCAAUGCGGAUAUUGAAAAAAUGUACAGACAGAUUCUAGUUAACCCCCGACAUACCCCGUUUCAAAGGAUUAUUUUCCGAAAUUCACCCGAUAAAGAAAUCGAAGAUUUUGAAUUACAAACUGUAACAUUUGGUGUAAAUUGCGCCCCAUACCUUGCGAUAAGAACUUUGCUAGAACUUUCCGAACAAUGUAAAAAUGAUUACCCCGAAGUUUCUAACAUCUUAAAUAAUCAUAUGUACGUAGAUGAUGUCCUAGCUGGUUCCCAUGAAUUAUCCCUGGCACUCAGAUCAAGAGAUGAACUUAUAAAAGUCUUAGAUUCUGCUAAAUUUUCUCUUCGCAAAUGGAUUUCUAAUGAGAAUUCACUUUUAGUCGGACUGAAACCCGAACAUCUCUUAUCGUCUGAUAUAUUAAAGUUAGAAGACACAACUACCACUAAAACCCUAGGUCUUCGAUGGAACGCAGGUCUUGAUUUCUUCUAUUUUAAUCCCAUAAAACAACCAUCUCGUGAAAAUAUUACAAAGCGAACGGUCCUGUCUGAUAUUGCGAAAUUGUUUGACCCAGCCGGAUGGUUAGCACCAAAAAUUAUCAUUGCCAAAAUGAUUAUGCAACAGAUUUGGAAGGAUCAAAUUGAUUGGGACGAAAACCUAAAACCUGAAACCUUAAAUAGUUGGCUUUCAUUCUUAGACGAUUACCCCAAUAUAGAACAAAUAAAAAUUCCCCGCUUUGUUGGUUAUACUCCCUCAUGCACCAUUGAAUUCCACGGCUUUUGUGACGCCUCAGAGAAGGCAUAUGCUGCAACUUUAUACAUUCGUACCAUAAACGAAAACAACCAUAUAUCUUCUCAUUUACUUCUAUCUAAAACUAAAGUUGCACCAGUCAAAUUUCUUACACUUCCCCGAAAAGAGCUGUGUGGUGCAGAAUUGUUAUCUAAAUUGGUAUCGUCUUUUCUGUCCCAAGUUACGUUUAAUAGUUUUGAAUUGCAUUGUUGGACAGACUCAACAAUUGUCUUAGCAUGGCUACAAAAACACCCUACGCAUUGGAACACUUUUGUCGCGAAUAGAGUCACAUCAAUAAUCGAUAAGGUUGGAAACGAUAAAUGGCGUCAUGUUUGUUCUCAAGACAAUCCAGCAGACCUUGGAACACGUGGUCUCAAUGCCAGCGAACUGGUUACCAAUGAUCUGUGGUGGUAUGGACCACCAUGGCUGAGACUUCCUAAUUCCGAAUGGCCUUCAAUAUCACCAAUUAUAGACACUAUAGAGGAAAUAAAACCUAUAAGAUCCCAUUUAAAUCAACUAUCAGAAGAUAUUCUUAGUCGUUUUUCUGAUCUCGCAAGGGCUAUGCGCGCAAUUCAUCUGGAGGUCACAAGCGAAAUAUCAACCCCAGCAUUUUUAGCCGCAUUUUCCCGUUUCUUUUCCAGACGUGGUACCCCAAAAGCUCUUUAUUCCGACAAUGGAACAGCAUUUGUUGGCGCUUCCAACAUAUUUAAUAAGAACCAAAUCCAUUUAUUGUCACAAAUACGUAAUAAUCUACUGGCUCAGCAUUCUUUUCAAACUAUAGAUUGGCAUUUCAUCCCUCCAGGUGCUCCUCAUAUGGGUGGCCUUUGGGAGGCAGGAGUAAAAAGUUUUAAAUUACAUCUUAAGAAAAUAACACACGUACAAAGCUUUACCUUCGAAGAAUUUACCACUAUGAUCACAAGAAUAGAAUCUUGUCUCAAUUCAAGACCACUAUGCCCAAUGAGUGAAAACCCAAAUGAUCUUUGUGCUCUUACGCCCGGACAUUUUCUCAUUGGUGCCCCUCUUCUUUCACCCCCUGAACCAGAUUUGUCUAAUCAAUCUCUUAGCUAUGUUAAUAGAUGGCAAAAACUUAACGUCUUACACCAUCAUUUCGCUUGCAGAUGGAAAGAAGAAUAUUUGAAAGAAAUGCAUAAACGCAUCAAGUGGAAAUAUCCUCAAAAAAACUUUUCAAUAGGUGAUCUUGUUGUUAUUAAAAAAGAUAAACUCCCUCCCAAUGAAUGGCGACUUGGUCGUAUAGAAAAGGUUUUUCCUGGACAUGACAACAACAUUAGAGUGGCGGAAAUACGUACUUCCUCAGGCAUAUUGACCAGACCAAUAACUAAAUUAGUUCUACUCCCAACACAUUCUGAUCAAUCAAACUAA